UAAUCAUGCUGCCCCCAGUGAUCGUGCUGCCCCCAGUGACCCCAGUAUCAAUGUUUUUAUUUUUUCUGUACCAGUCGUUGAGAAAGGUCUAUAUUCUAUUGCUAUAGUUGUGGAUACUCUAUUGUGCUUAGUAGCCGCUUUUGGUUUGUUUGCUAUUUUCGUUGUGAUUUAUUUUGCAAUGGUCAUUAAUGCUUAUGCAGAAAAUCGUAAGGCUAAAGAAGAUGGUAAUUACAUUCCAUCUGAUGUUAUUGAAACGCCUGGAUCCAACCUUUAUAGUUAA